AGGUGUGGGCGGCGGCGGCGGCGGCGGCGGGCGGCGGCGGUGCCGGGCGGCGGUGCCUCUCAGUUUACUCCGGGCGCUCGGCGAGGUCGGGCUGUCGCCGUGUGGUGCGCGAAGUAGCACGGUGUGGAGCUUGUUGCACGUGACGUGACGCUCACACGAGUGACUCCGAGUGUGACGAUCGCUCCCGGUGUGACGCCACACAGCUGUUUGGUCACGUGACGCGAUCGGGUUGUGACAGGCCGUAACGCUGCGACUGGCACCUGGCGCAACUCUGUCACAGCCACCUGGCGUAACGCUGUGACUACCGGCGUGACCCCGUGACGGUGGCUGGGUGUGACGCUGAGUCACCGCGAUGCGGGGUACAUAAAGAUGGCGUCGUCACGAGGACUAACACCCAGAUGGUGGCUGGCGGUGGUCGCAGCCGCAGUCGCAGCAGCUGCGUCUGCCGCUGCUUCUCGCCCAGCUGAAGCAGCUGUCACCUUCACCAAUGCUGCCGGUGUCUGUCAGCAGCUGGUCGGCUGUCACUGUCAGCAGCCGGGCGCGCUGCACUGUCAGCUGUCAGACUCUGCCGAGCUGCGCGCUGUCACCGGCCGCCUGCCAACGCUCCCGGACGUCACCCUGGUGGACCUCGUGCUGCGCGACCUGUCCUCCCUGCCGGGAGGUCUCUUCUCGGGCGCGUCGCUCCAGGCUCUCCUGCUGUCCGGGUCGAAGGUGCAGUCGCUUCCCGCUGACCUCCUGACCGGUCUGGAGACCUCGCUGCGUGCGCUGGGUCUUGGCGAGAAUCAGUUGCUGGACGUGCCGACGGCGGCGCUGACUGGCCUCACUAGCCUGGAGCGGCUUGACCUCAGUGGUAACCAGCUGCGCCAGGUCAAGGCGGACGCGCUGCCGGCGCUCGGCAGUCUCGCUGAACUGAACCUCGCCGAAAAUGAGCUCUCGAAGCUUGAUGUUGAUGCGUUCACCGCUUUGAUAGCGCUGAGGACUCUGUGGCUGGAGGGGAACCGUCUGAAUGUCACCCAGCUGUCCAACGGCGCCCUGCGGCCACUGGUCAGUCUGGAGCGUCUCUCGGUGGACCACAACCUCCUGGCAGGUCCUCUGACCUUUCAGCUGACCUCUGCCCUUCCCGCUGACCUCACCACACUGUCCCUCGCCGACAACAACCUCACUUCCAUCUCCUCGGGAGCGCUGACCCCGCUCGCCGCCCUCACAUCACUCGACCUCAGCGGAAACAGGAUCGACGUCAUCGACGCGCGCGCGUUCGCCGGUCUGCCGCGACUGCGCACGCUCCGCCUGGACGGUAACCACAUCGUGACGCUGCCGGCCGGCGGCCUCUCUGGCCUGAAGGCGCUCACUGAGCUCGACCUGAGCAGGAACUCACUUCAGGCGCUCACUGAGGACGUGCUGACCCCACUGCCGGCCCUGCGCCGCCUCCUGCUGAGAAACAACGACCUCAUCCAGCUGGACGGUCAGCUGCUGCGAGCGCUGCCCUCCCUGAAAAAGGUCGACAUCGCAGAGAACUCUCUCCACUGCGACUGCCGACUGCGGGAGCUGGCCACCUACCUCUCCGACAGCAGCGCCUGGCUUGAGGACGAGGAUGUGCGACAGAUCACCUGCGCAACUCCCACCGCACUGGAGAACGCACCGCUGGUGGACCUCAAACGCGAUCAGCUGACCUGUCGCGAGCCUCCGACCGGCCCACCCGACUCCGACUCCGACUCCGUCUCGGAUGACGUCAUCCGGCUGGAGUCUGCCCAGCUGACUCCCGGUGGCGAUGGAGUCCGACUCCGAUGGAGUGUGGCACCCAGCCUGUCUCCGUACCACUGUGACCAGGUGGCGCUAGCGUCGCGACCCGACACUACUCAGCCGUGUGAAGCGCUCGAGUCAACCGAUCCGACCGAGCUACAGGUGGCGCUGCGGUCGGUGGACCUGUCGGCCGGCGAGCGGUACCAGUUCUGCGUCACCCUGAGGCAGUUGCUCUCUGGUGUGGAGCUGCCUCUGCCCUCUGUGUGUCAGUGGGCAGAGCUGACUCCAUCUCCAGCGACCCUUCCGCGGCUGGAGAGUUUAUCUGCGGAGGUGGCCUCUGGAGGUCGAGUAGCGGCGCAUCUGAGCGUCACCCCUGAGGAGGGUCAGGCUUUAGAACACUGCGCCGUGACUGUGGUGGUACUGGGGCCGCGCGGACCCCUCUCAGCCGUGGAGGCGUCCUGUGCGGUACGGCGUGUGACACUAUGGGCAGCUGUGGGAGCGGGUACGGUACGGGUGUGCUCCACGGAACCAUACCACUCCGCAAUCGCCGCCGACAGCUCACGGGUGGUGGACGCCGGCGCGACGGUGGCGUCCUCUGCGCCGCCGCUGCGCCGCUGUGUGCAGGUGCACUCCACAGAGGGCGCUGAGUGGUGGCAGGCGGCGGCGGCCGGCGCGGCGGCGCUCGCGGCGGUGGGCCUUCUGCUCGGCUGGGUGCUCUACCGAUGGAGACGCAGCCGCUGCUCGCCCGGUCGAGUGGGCCGGACGAGACUCGAGUCGAGCGACUCUGCCCCCGGCGAGUUUGUGGACGCGGGUGAGAGCGACGAAGACGAGGAGACGGACCUUCCCGUGUGAUGAACGCUGAGAGAGAACUGUGGUACGGACGGACCUCCCAAGGGUACCGGUGGGGCAGACCCAUGGGUCAAACAGAGUCCCUCGUCAAUGACGGCUCGUCAUCAGGCUCCUGGAGCUCAGACUUGGCCCGUUCCGAGUUCGGGACUCAUCCCUCAGAACGUUUCUCAUGACAAAGCGAGCUGUGUUCUGGUCAUUGAAGCAGAGACGUUGUUCGAUGAACUAGUCUUCGUGUGUUUGUGAGCUGCAGGCAGCGCCAGUGAUGCGGUGGUGAGCAAAGGUGCCACAGCAGUGAAAUCGAGACUGUUCGGUGUUCACUGCGGUAGACGUGAGAAUAGCUUCGACAUGACUAUAUGAGUGUGGGUUCUAAGUCAUAUAUGUAAUUAAUGGUCAAGUGUCGUGAUCAUAGAUAGGUAUAUAUUGUGUGAAGGACAUAUUAUUUGAACUUGCCAAGGGUAUUUGUAGGUUGUUUUAAGCAAACAGCUACAUGCUAUUUCCAUUCAAGCGUUUCGUUUUCCACAAUUUUACAAAUGACGGUGAAGCGAUUGGUUCGGAAAUGUAAUUGGCACAAAUGUGCCCUAGUAACAUAGGUUGUCUUCCUAAUUUUAUAUGUUCAUGUUGAGGUGUUCCUGUUUUUGUCGUGUUGAAGGAAAGGGCGUCAAUUGUAAAAAAGUAAAUAAUACUGAAAAAUAGAUAACCGUUAACACUUAACACCGGUUGGACUAAACUUGGUCUUGUGUGCCUAUCUUGUUUGUAAUUCACGGUUUCCUCAAACCGACACCAAUGUGUGCUCUCUGUAAAGUUAUGGUGCUGAUGGCAAGUGUGUGCGACAUGUGAUGAGCUUGUGAAUUCGGGAUGUGCCAAAUACAGUAACUUCACUA